GCUCUGAUUUCCGACAACAAAGCUCUUAUUUUCAAUGUCCAUCCUGUAUUAAUGGUGAUUGGUCUUGUACUUCUGAAUGGUGAAGGUUAAAUGUUGUAUUUUGCAAAACCGGAGGGCUUUGAAAGUCCCCGAGUUCAGCUCAUUGCUCGUUUCUGCCCAGAAAAAUGAUAUGAUUUAUCAAGUUUCAACAUGGUUGACUCACAUCCAAUUGCAUCACAUUUUCUAUUGGAGAUUACUAGGUAAGAUUAUUUUAUAUGUUGUCCUAUAUCCAUAAUGUGUGACAAACACGUCCAUAGGUGCCAUAACCAAUACCCAUUGUCCAAUCCCCUUCUCUAUUUCUGUUUCUACAAUUUUAUUAAAUCAAAGGUAACCAAAAAGUUCCACUUAUUUGUUCUGUUUCUUUGUUUCUAUCUAUUAUUUAUGGCUAUGAAAAAGUAGAAAAUGGUGCAGAUGUUUUAUAGCUGCAUUAAACCAACAGCGUCAAGUUUUCAUAUAUACCUUCCAAAUUUCUUUGUUUCUUUUUUUGUGGAUUAUUGAGAUGAAGGCAUUGACACCUUCAAGUUAUGGUUUAUCUCUGUGUACUUUGUUCUAAAAAUUACGAUUCCCUUCCUUUUAAGUGAUAAUUUGUUUGGUGAGUAAUGUAUGUAGAAGUCUUCAGUUGCAUGGUAGCAACAGCGAUGGAGAUGGAUGUUGAAUAAUUCAUUCGGAGAUUAUUUUCUUUAAUUAAUUAGAAUUCUUGUUUAUUGACAUUGCUUUGAGUUCUAAUUAGAUUAUAAUUAAACACUUCAAUGUGCUCGUUUUUAGGGUUUAUUGUUUUUUUGUAUUUAUACCGUUUAUCUAGUGCGAAUAAUGUUUUUGUGAUCUCGCAUUUGGUAUCGUUCGCACUUCUGCCUGCAUCAAACGGCCUUAGCUUAGACUAAAGCAACUUUGCUGCACUAUUAUUUGAGUCAAUGAUACCUUGAUCAAAAUGGAUUUUUGUGGACAAUAUAUUUUAUGGGACGAGGAUACAAGCUGGUUACCAUUUUUAUGAUAUAGAAGCCUUAUAUUCUUUCACUCUCAAAACAGUACAGUGAAGUACAAAUAGUUUUGAUCAUAUCCAAAUAUUGCACUUGUGUUGCUCAGAAACAGAAGUUUGGUAAUCUAAACAAUUGUUCCUUUCAAUUUUACUCGCCCUUCUAAAAUAUAAUAUCUACUUCUAAUUUUGAUUGCCUACAUGGUACUUGUUUCAAACACCUACUUCUCAUAAUCAAUGAAUAGACCUCUCAGUGGAAUUUGAACCCCAGAUGAAGAAGUUGUCUCAAAAUCUUUGAACGGUCCAAAGGGCCUUGAAAUCAGCCUGGAGGGAGUAUUUUCUGGAGAGAAUGAACGGUAAAAUGUAAAAUAAAAUUUCUACUUGGAUCAUCAACAUCUAUAUCUUGUUCUCUUUUUUUCUUUUUUUGAUAAUCAUGGGUGUCUGGGCCAGCUUGCGCGCACCUCGACUAAUUUCACGGGACCCUAAAAUUCACAGCCGAGUACUCACUUCAGUGAUUUUGAGAGGACUCGAACUGGUGACCAUUGGGGAGCAAAUCCAACUAUAUCUUGUUCUCUUAAAUUUACUUGUAAAAGUAUUUCAACGUGCGUUAACCAUUGAUUGCAUGACAACGCUGAUUAUUUCUGCAACUGGCUCUAUAAUAUUGGAAAAACUAGUUUAUGGAAAUUUGGUAGUCUUGUACAGUUAUACUUUCAUGCAAUAUUACGUCUUAAACUUCUUUUCCAAUUGUACCCACCAAUUUUCUUCCUUUUGAAGCACUGUAGGAGCUACUUGCUCUAACUGAUUUUCACCCAUACCAAGUGUGAAUUUUAAGUAAUCUAUGGUCAUGCCCAAUGGCAUACAAGCAGAUUUCCCUUUUCUGUCAAAAAACCCUUUUCCAAACUGCACAAGCUUUGGGAAUAUACCCAUUCAUUGGUCUGGGAUCUACAUAUAUGAAUUUUAAGGUCCAAUUGCCCAAAUGAUCAACUAUUUUUGUGCUCAUUUGUUUGUAUAUUGUCAGAUCUGGUCAUUACACCCAUCAUCAUUACCUGUUUGCUGGCAUUCUCAGAAUUAUGUUUAUAAUUGCUUGUUAUGGAUUUCUGUAGCCAUGCUGGCCUACAAGUCUGUCUCAGGAACAAAAAACUUCAAAAAAUCAAUUCAUCUGUGUUUGCAAUUCUUGGCAUUCUGUUUGAGCGUAAUUGGAGUAUGGGCUGCUUUGAAGUUUCACAAUGACAAAGGCGUCGACAAUUUCUAUAGCCUCCACUCAUGGCUUGGACUAGCCUGCCUUUUUUUGUUCGGAAUUCAGUGGGCUGCUGGAUUUGUAACCUUUUGGUAUCCCGGUGGUUCAAGGAACAGUAGAGCUAGUCUGCUGCCUUGGCAUGUAUUUUUUGGUGCGUAUAUUUAUGCUCUAGCUGUCGCUACUUGCACCACUGGUUUCUUAGAGAAAGCAACGUUUCUUCAAACACACAACAUAAUAGCACGAUAUUCAUCUGAGGCAUUGUUGGUGAACUCUCUUGGUAUGUUGAUAGUUGUUUUGGGUGGUUUUGCAAUUCUUGCUGUCAUAUCUCCUGUGUCUGACAAAGGUGACAUUCUCAGAGAAUCCAUAGAAUAGUUUCACUUUUGUAGACAGAGAUGUGAAGAGAUUGUA